AUGAAGCCCAUCGGAGAGUACCCGUCGCUUGCAGAGUACAAGCUUGCGGGCCUCAAGCCUCCGCGAAAGAUCCCAAAGAUAGCGCGGUCUGACGAGGAUGAAGGCGCUCCCGGCACCCCCCUCACUCCCGUCGCGGAGGAGGAAGCCACUGCCGUCAAAAUGCUGCGCACAGAUGAAUAUGAGCAGAUGAGCGGACUCAAGAAGACCGAUAUCCUAAACCAUGUCAAGUCCUCUACUGAGGACGUGGUGGUGGCAAACGGGUUCGGAGUCAAAGACAACGAGGAGCUUGUAGUGAAUGAAACCAACUCCGCGACUCCCACUCUCGAGGCACUCGACCCUCACCCUGCGUUCACUUCCAUGUCUCUUUCUAUUCACCCGCCGGAUCAAUUACCAGCCAGCGGUAUUCAUUCUUCCGUUCACUCUACUGCUCACUCGACCAUUACUUCUCUUGAUACCCCUGUUGAUGAGAUCAACUCUCCCCUUCUCACACUCUCCGCUCCCCCUACCAACCUCACUAUCCCCGAUAUCCACCUUUCCUCAAACAAAAACUUGCGACAGCCCCUUUCUCCUGGUGCUCCGGUUUCUGGUACAGACGGAACCAUGUCCAGCACCCCCGGCUCAUCCGAUUAUCUCACUAUCCUUCGCUCGCUUCCCUGCCCCGUGUCCACCAGAUUUGAUGUGGCGGAGCUGAAGCAGGUGAUGGAGGUGGCCGUCACUCACACUGCCAACGCGAAGGCAGACAACGCUGCCUUGGCCCUAGUUUACUACUGGGCGGGGAUCUCGGGAGACGAGUUCAAGUUUUUACUGCUCCACAAUAUGGGCCUCGAGAAGAAGGACCACAUCCUUGAAUUGGCUCUACAGACCAUCCUCCGUCAUUCCAUCGACGAGGCAACCCUUUGGUACCAAACCUAUGUCUCCGAGAACCGUCGUCUCUUCGCUGGGCCUAGGUCGCCCGCCUCGAGCUUGGGCAACUUCUCCCGGGCAGACAUCUACCGAGACACGAGCGGCAAGAAGGCACAGGAUGAUUUUCUUGCCGGAAAAACCAAUACCGCGCCCCUAAAGAGGGCCACGAAGCCGUGUCGGGCAGAUGAGAACCCCUACAGGCGCCGCCGUGAAUGGGAGGCGGACCCCACCCAUGAGGAGAGAGUGAAUGAAAAGCGUGUCCAGCUAGCUAAAGCAGCCAAGUCUGACUUAACGGUCGCUGAGACCAGCCACGUCCGUCCUCAACGCGGUCCACCUGACGCCAUCCAACACCCAUAUUCUCAUACAAGUGAGAAAGAAGACGACAACAUGUCGUCUACGUCUUCUUCGACUGCUGUUAAUUCUCGACGGACACGAAAUCUCAAAAACCGGUUGAAGGCGAAGGGCAACUUCAAGGGUAAGGGUAAGGCCAAGGGAAAGGAGAAGCUCCUUCGACUUCAUACUGCCCGUUCCGUGUCGCCAGACUCUGGCGUCGGCGACUCCGAUGAGACCAACUCCUACUAUUCGGACCAUAGCGGCGGCUGGGAUGCCGAGUUUGAAGCUCGCCAGAUGCCCAAUGAAAUCAUUAUUAUGGAUAAUGACGAUUUCUGCUACGUUUGUGGCGAGGAAGGUGAGCUGCUCUGCUGUGACAAAUGCGACAACUCCUUUCACUUCGAUUGUCUGGACCCCCCAAUCGACGAAAACGACCCGCCAGAGGGCGAUUGGUUCUGCGGGCCUUGCUGGGCGAAAAAUCACUUUACCGAAACCAUCGCGCGGGCCAUUCGCAGUAAGAAAAAGAAGAUCACUUUCUCUCCUCCUCAGAGCAUCAAGGAGUACUUCGAGGGCGUUUCCGAGGAGAUACUCACCGACACACACUACCCACCGGAAACGAAGCGGACCCAUGGCUUUUACAAGUCCGUCCCGACCCUGCCACGGCUAACCAAAGCCCCGCGGGAUAAUAACUCCAACAAAACUCCUCUCUACGACGACCCUAACCUUACCAAAAUGAUGGAAAACGGACACGUCAUUCUCUGCAAUAGAUGCGGGACAUCUACUGAUGAUACCCGGCCGAUCAUUCGUUGCGAUUACUGUGAAUGUCGUUUCCACCUGGACUGUCUCGACCCGCCCAUGGCCAAGCCCCCUAACCCCUACAAUGGCUGGCAGUGCCCCAACCACGUCACUAUUGAUGACUUGGUGGUGACCAAGGUAGUCGAUGGCCGCCUUCAGCAACGACGACCCCGCCGACCAAAAGACACGGUGACGGUCCGAUCGCCCCGCUGGGAUGCCGAUCGUACCUGGCAUGAAAGCUUUGAGGGUGAAGGAGCUGAGGCCGAAUCCCCUGAUCUUGCCAUGAACUUCAUCAACCAUGUCAAGAAGCAAGUACCGCGCAUCGACCCACAAACCCAAGAAGGACUCGAGGGCCUCCUUCAGUUGUACAAUUCCGAGACGGCCAGCCCUGAUGCGUACGAUGCAGCGUCUUCUCUUCUUGAUAUUUCCCUGGGCGAGCCGAUCAUGACUAGUGAGCAAUCAGGGAGAAAGAAGCGGUCUCGCGCUGAGUCGGAGGCUUCCUCGAGCACCGUGAAGCCGGCUCAGAAGCGCCAGCAUACCGAUGCUGAUUGA